AUGCAGAGUCAGAAUGCAAAGAAAAUUUUGAAAAAUCUGUCUGUGCUGUGCUGCGCUGCUGUCUCUGCUGGGAAUUCAAUACGCUCAUUGGGAUUAGGUUUCGAUUGUGGAGAUUUCGGUGUCAUCUCGGUAUGUUCUUCGGGUGGAAUUAUGGACAGAAGGUGGAUACAGAACCCGAACAGAUGCGCAGACGAAUACUUGGAUGGAAUCGAGGAUUUUAUUGAGUUUGCACAUAGACACAACCCGGGUGCAACUAGAAUCCGUUGUCCUUGUAGGAGGUGUAACAACACGUUGUGGGAGACAAUUAAAAAUGUUAGAUUUCAUUUAGUAAGGAAUGGAAUGAUUGAGACAUAUAGCAUUUGGAACCUUCACGGGGAACAAUUAGAGCAUGCUUCAUCUUCAAAUGCCACAAGAGUGGACAAUGUUGAACCUAUUGUGGAUGCGAAUGAUCAAGUCAUGGAUAUUAUACAGGAUGUUUUUCCAUUUGCAUCGACCAACAUCAAUCAAGAAGAAGAAGAUGGCGUGCCUACACCAAUAGACAGUGCGGAGUUUGAACAAUAUGAAAAUUUGUUAAAAAAUGCCAACCAAAAGUUAUACCCGGGGUGCGAGAGCUUUUCCGUUCUCACGGCCAUUGUGGAGCUAAUGCACGGAAAAAUAAAGUAUCGUAUGUCGAACCUGUGUUUCGAUUACUUUUUGGGGGUUUUCAAGAGAAUGCUUCCGACGGACAAUUGUUUGCCGAAAGACCAUAAACACGGGCAGAGGGUGUUGAAUGGUCUGGGAUUGGGUUAUGAAAAAAUUCAUGCUUGCAAAAACAAUUGCAUGUUAUUCUACAAAGAGCAUGAAUCGUUGUAUACAUGUCCUAUAUGCAAUGAGUCGAUGUUCAAGAUGACAUCUCAGAAUAGGACGACUAAGAUCCCACAAAAAGUCAUGCGUUAUCUGCCCCUGAAACCUAGGUUGCAGCGAUUGUAUAUGUCGACGCAUACUGCCACAAACAUGAGAUGGCAUAAGGAAAAACGGGUAGACGAUGAUGUGAUGCGGCAUCCUGCAGAUGGGGAGGCAUGGAAAGAGUUCGAUCGAACGUUCCCCGAGUUUGCUGCUGAUCCCCGAAAUGUUAGAUUGGGACUUGCCACUGACGGAUUCAAUCCGUAUGGGGUUCUAAACCAACACCACAGCACUUGGCCGAUUUUCGAUCCUGGGAGGUCAAUCGAUGUUUAUUUAAGGCCGCUGGUUGAUGAGCUGAAGGAUUUAUGGACAAACGGUGUUCGCACCAUAUGCAAUGGUUUCUGGGUGGAGCACAAAGGGUUAUAUGACAUGUCCUGUAUGCAAGGAAGAUGUAACUUCUGGUUGGCACACUGGAAAAGUUUGUUACCUUGGUCAUCAGAGAUGGUUGCCAUGGGACCAGAGUGGAGGGAAAAAGAUAAAGAGUUCGACGGGAACACAGAGCGUCGCCUCAGACCUAGAGAAUGGUCCAGUGAUGAGAUAUUGGACCAGCUUAACCAGUUGAAUUUUGCUCCGUUUGGGAAAACAGUUAGUCGGAUCAGACCUUCUACACAUAUGAACUUGACGCACAAGCCUAUGUUUUUUGAGCUCCCAUAUUGGUCGAAACUCAAAUUGAGGCACAAUCUAGAUGUGAUGCAUGUUGAGAAAAAUGUAUUCGACACAUUGGUGGGAACGAUUCUAGAUAUCGAGGGCAAGACAAAGGACACGAUCAAAGCUCAUCUUGAUUUGGAAAGAAUGGGCAUACGAAGGGGUUUAUGGAUGAAUAGGGACAGUGAUAAAGCUAGAAGGGAUCUUGCAUUCUUUUCUAUGAAACCGAAUGACAAUAAAGAGUUUCUAAAGUUUGUAUCGUCUGUAAAGUUUCCCGAUGGGUAUGCUUCUAAUAUCGCACGUUGUGUAAUGUUGACGGGGGUAAAUUUACUGGAAUUAAGAGCCAUGACUGCCAUGUGUUUAUGCAACGCCUACUUCCUCUUUCUUCACAAGUAUGAUGCACGAGAUAGUUCACUUGCCAGAAGAGGCAUUGCUUGCUGGCUUCUCGGAGAGCUGAAAAAAAGUGUACGCAACAGGGCGAAGCCCAAAGGAUCAAUUGUAGAGGCUUGGGUUCAAAAUGAGUCGCUUACUUUCUGUGGAAUGUAUUUGAAAGAUGUGGAGACGGUUUUCAAUCGUCUUCAGCGCAAUCUUGAUGGAGGUAUGAGAAAUGAAAAACUUUCUGUUUUUGGCCCAAAGCGCACGACCCUUUGGAGAUCCUGGACGAGGAGAGUCGUUUUCUAG